AUGGAUGUCACGGGUGGCUGCACCGAUCCGCCCCCCGACUUUCUGUUGCUCGAUUCGCCCAACGAGGGCGAGGCAGGCACCUUUGCCUGCCCAUUCGACGGAUGCGACGGCGUCGUGUGUGGCUCGGCUCAAGAGUGUCACAUUCAUCUGAAGGAAUGGCACUCACCACCCUAUGCCUGCGCCGGUUGCGAAGCCUACUUUGCGGCGCAGCCGGCGCUUGCCCGUCAUGUCAAGGCGACGGGCCAUCAGAAAUGGGUCUGCGCGAAGAACGGGUGCGAAUUGAAGGGGUUCGAGUUUGAGAGUCACCUGGAAUAUCGGAAACAUGUUAUCGUUUCCACCUCGCACCGCAGCCUCGGGCAGCGAGACGGUACCCGAUACCCGGACAAAGUCACCGACCCUGAUGAGACGCUGUCUGAAGGGUCGGCUGAAGACUACUUUCUAUGCAUCGAGCCUUGCUGCUGCCGAUAUCUGCAGCAGUGGACCGAGCGCAUGUACGAGGUCCACGUCAAGAGCCACUGCCACGUUGCCGCCAUCCAGGAAGAGGAGGCUCUGAGGAGGAAGCAUCUCUCGGUGGAAGAGUUGGAACAGAAGCGGGAAGCUCGUCGCACGUUUCUCUGUGACGUCCGAGGAUGCCCUCAGUUCGGCAAGUGUCUGGCCACGAGCCACUCAUACUACUACCAUAUUCAGACAUGGAGCCACCUCUUUCCUGUCGAGGCUUCCGUCCCCAAGAAGGACGACGACGACGAUUUCUGGCUGCAGCCCGAGGCGCGUCACUGUACCGUCCACGGCUGCCUCCAGUUCGGCCGUCGCUUCACGACUGAAACCAUAUACCAACGGCAUAUCAAGUCGGUGCAGCAUCUCCGGGCGGCGUGCAGGCAGCCGACGCGCAGCUCCCCCCGGAUACAGAGGGUCAACCGUCGUCUGUUUGUGACUGUCCAGCCGGCCGACGAGGGGGACAUUGGAGAAGACGCAGACGACGAGAUGGGCGAUUACGACGAAGCGCGGCAGCAACAACCAGGAAGCGCCUCGACCGCGGCUUGCAGCUCCUCGACGGAACCGUCUUCGCUGCCCAACACGCCGAGCUGCAUGCCGCCACUGACGCCCGACCCGGGACUCGCUUCGCCGUCGCCGUCGAGACCGCGGCACGAGCUCUUCCUGGAGCGGCGCAACCGCCAGCUCGAGGAGGAGGUGCAGCGGCUGCAGGCACAGAUGGACUGGCUCUGCCGCCAGAACUGA